AUGCCAAUGCGGUUAAGAGCGGAAAAGCGCAUGAGAAAGCUCCUUUUGGAGCAGCUCAAGCUGAGAAAAGUCGAAGGGUCCCGCUUGGCCCAGGGGUUUAAGUCCCCCACCCAGUUGCAGAAGUUGGGGAUGGCACCGCAAGUGUUUCUUUGGAAGAACAUGUUCUCGGGCCAAGUGUUGUACUCGCAAGUGCCCGCAUUCCACCAGCAGCAGAUCAACCAGCAGUUUAUCCAGCCUAAUUGGCAGAACCGUAAGCCCAGUCGCCGGCCCGACUUGUGGCGGGUGAUGGCGGUGGCCACGUUCGACAACUACGACUACGCCGUCGCCGCCUACCAAGGCUUAGUGGAUUUGCGUCGGGCUCGUGACACGGUGCUCAAGGAUCAAGCCCAGGAGAUGAGAAAGAAGAACGAAGAAGGUAACAUCUGGUAUUCCGGCCAGUACCGUCCCACUUACACUCAGGAAGCCGUCGCCGACUUGUCUCACGUGAUCGACGAGUUUGAGCUCGAAAACACCGAAGUGGCGUGGGAACUGUUGUGGAGAAAAGGCGACGAGUCCGUGUGGAAGCCCGAGCUCGUGCGCCACACCGAAUUGCCGGCGUUCAACCCUCGCGACCAGACGGUGAUGUUGGACGAAUUGCGCAUAAAGGCGUUGGAAGCAUUCGAGGCUGAAAGAAACCUUCAUCAAGAACAGCAGCAGAUACCCGCUGACGCCGAGGCCGCCGCCACCGCCUGA